CUCUGCGCCGGCGCCUCGGCCGCGCCGCUGCGGCCUGGCCAUGGCGGCCCCGCGCGGUGGCGCGCGGCGGCUGCAGUUGACUCUGGCGCUGCUCAAGCCGGACGCUGCGGCCCAUCCGCUCGUGCACGAGGCUGUGCACGCCGCCAUCCUGCGUCACCGGUUCCUCAUUGUCCGCGCCAAGGAGCUGCGGUGCGGCCCGGAGCAGAGCCGCCGCUUCUACCGGGAGCACGCAGGGCGUUUCUUCUACCAGCGGCUGGUGGAGUUCAUGGCCAGUGGCCCCAUGUGGGCUUACAUCCUGGCCCACGAGAAUGCUGUCCCUCUAUGGAGAUCCCUGAUGGGACCCACUAAAGUGUUCCGAGCCCGACACAGUGACCCAGACUCCAUUCGAGGUGCCUACGGCCUCACGGACACCAGGAACACGACCCAUGGCUCAGACUCACCUGCCUCAGCCAGCAGAGAAAUUGCCUUUUUUUUCCCUGAGUUCGAUGAGCAGCGCUGGUACGAGCAGGACGAGCCCCGGCUCCGCCGCGGGCAGCUGUACUACAGCGCCGAGGAGCGUGUGCACCGCGUGCUCAGGGCAGAGGAGGCAGAGGUGACCUGAGUUACCUGUGGUAGGGUUUGGUUUGCUGACCUGGCAACAUGUGUGGGCACUCUCUUGGGGCACCAGACACAGAGCUGUGCUGUGGUUUAGGGAGUGUGGGAGAGCAAAGGCCUUGUGCACAUUGUGCUGCAUGAGAUUAGGUUGCGCUGCCUGGGAUCACAUUAUUGGUGUAACAGGCAGAUACUGGGGUGCUGUAGGAGGAAUUCCCCUACAGAGAGUCUGGCCAUGCAGCUCACUGGCCCCUUGAGUUUGUUUGGGUGUGAACAGGACAGGUGAGUUUGUCAAGGGCCAGGUGAAGGAUGGGUUGCUUGUUCCAGAUCGGAUUGGCCUGGGUUUGCUGAUGGGAAGCCUCAUGUUCUCCUGCUGGCUGUUCCCACAGUGCCUUCGGGAGAAAAGAAGGAAAAAGAGCAUGAAGAAAGGUGUCAGCAGGGCAAGAUGAACUGUCCUGUCCUCGCUCACCUGCAGCCAGGCUGGGAAGUGAAGAGCUUUGCUAAUAGCUCUUCAUGUGAGACUUUGUGACAAAACACCUGAGGGCAGCUGGGAACCCUCAGUGUCCAUGGCCUCACUGGGUGCUGGGGCAGUUCUGUGUCCUUGGGAGGUGGGAUGGA